AUGUCGCCUUCCUUCAAACUUCAGUGUCACUUCAUUCUCAUCUUGAUGGCUCUAAGAGGGGAGAGCCGGUACCUAGAGCUGCGGGAAGCUGCGGACCACGACCCUCUCCGGUUCCUGGGCGCCAACCUGAAGCGGGAGCUGGCGGGGGAGCCGCUGUACCGCCGCGCGCUGCGUGAGUCGGGGUGCCGGCGCGCAUCCGGGGGCAGCGGGGAGGUGACGAGGCCGGGCUCCGCACCCGCUCACGGGGCCCCGGGCACCGCCGGGAAGGGGCUGGCCAGGCCGGCCGGGGGCGCGAUCCCCGUGCUCAGGGGCCCGCCGGAUGGGCGGGGGUGGGUAUUUGAUGGUUGGAUUCUCAAGGGGGAGAAGUUCCCCAGUUCUCAGGAUCAUCCUCUCCCCACAACUGAGCGGUACAUAGAUUUCUGUGACAGUGGUCUUAGCCGAAGGAGCAUCAGAUCCUCCCAGAAUGUGGCCAUGAUCUUCUUCCGGGUUCGUCAACCAGGAAACGGAUUUACAGUAACCAUAAAGACAGAUCCCAACCUCUUUCCCUGCAAUGUCAUUUCCCAGACCCCAAAUGGAAGGUUUACCCUGGUAGUCCCGCACCUGCAUCGAAACUGCAGCUUCUCCAUAAUUUAUCCUGUGGUGAUCAAAAUAUCUGAUCUCACCCUGGGACACUUACAUGGUUUGCAGUCAAAGAACCCCUCAGCAGGUUGUGGGGGAAUAGGAGACUUUGUGGAGCUGUUGGGAGGAACUGGACUGGACCCUUCCAAGAUGAUGCCUUUGGCUGACCUCUGCUAUUCCUUUCACGGCCCUGCCCAGAUGAAAAUUGGCUGUGACAACACGGUGGUGCGCAUGGUCUCUAGCGGAAAGCACGUAAAUCGUGUGACUUUUGAGUACCGCCAGCUGGAACCAUAUGAACUGGAAAACCCAAAUGGAAACAGUAUCCAAGAAAUCUGUUUGUCUACUCUUUGAAUAACCAACCCCAUGAUGUACAUGCUGCUAGCUAAGUGAGUUUUUAAUGGCUGUUAUAUAUGAUUUUGAUGACCAGCAAGGUAAGAGCCUUUCGAAUCAGUCAGUAUUCCCAGGCUUGGACACACAUUACACAUACACACACACAUAUGUAGACACACACGUGGGCGUGCAAGCGUGCAUUUAUUUUUGUACCUUGCUUUUUUUUCAUUUGUAAUGUAUAGACGACCACAUGGCAGCAGAUAAACCCUCCUUUGCCUUUGGUAGGAAAACAGUUUUCUAUAAUUCUUUGGUAUGCUACAAACCUGCCCUGAUAAGGCAAGUGCAGAGCAAUGGGCACUAAAAAAUUGUAUCUCAAGGGAAAAUACGACAAAGAAAUUAAAAUGGCGGU